CCAAGAUCACUCUAGGAGCAGUCAACUCUAAUGUAGGAGCCCAGAUGAUCAUCAGCACACCUCAGAGAGUUCAACACUCAGGGAGUAUCCUCAUCGGCAGCCCUUUUGCACACACUACGCCGGCUGCCAUGGUAACGCAGGGACGCCUCCCUGAAGGCAAUGAGUGGACCCCAGGGGCCAAAAAACGGAGCCACGAUUUUAUCGACUCCUAUUUCUCUGACCGUAAGCGGCUGAAGAAGGCUGAUAAGAAUGGGAAGGGGCUGAGGCAUUUCUCUAUGAAAGUGUGUGAGAAGGUGCAGAAGAAGGGCACCACGUCCUAUAACGAGGUGGCAGACGAGCUGGUGGCAGAGUUUACCCACGCCAGCAACCUGAUGCCAGCCGACUCGCAGGUGUACGACCAGAAGAACAUUCGUCGGCGCGUGUACGACGCCCUGAACGUGCUCAUGGCCAUGAACAUCAUCUCUAAAGAGAAGAAGGAGAUUCGCUGGAUCGGCCUGCCCACAAACUCAGCACAGGAGUGUCACAACCUCGAGUUGGAGAAACAGAAGCGCUUGGAGAGGAUAAGACAGAAACGAGCCCAGCUGGAAGAGCUCAUUCUUCAGCAAAUAGCCUUUAAGAACCUGGUGCAGAGGAAUCAGGCGAGUGAGGCGGCCGCCCAGACUCCGCCCCCUCCUGGAUCUGUCAUUCAGCUCCCCUUCAUCAUCCUCAACACAGACGUGCGCACAGUCAUCGACUGCUCCAUCUCCAGCGACAAGUGUGAAUACCUCUUUAACUUCGACAACACGUUUGAGAUUCAUGACGACAUUGAGAUUCUGAAGCGGAUGGGCAUGUCCCUGGGGUUGGAGAACGGAAAGUGUUCACCCGAGAACCUCAGCAUAGCCAAGUCCCUUGUGCCCAAAUCUCUCGAGGCCUAUGUCACAGCUAUGGCCAGAAACUCCAGUAGAACCCCACUCAGCCAUACAAGUCACAGCAGCACCGCGCCCUCGCACGCCUCGGAAUCACGCAGCUCCUUCAACGAGGAAGACGACGAUGAAGAGGAGGAGGACGACGAGCCCUCCUCCCCCGAGUGACCGACCCGAUCGACCUCCGCGUGUCCUCCGAG